AUGUCUUUCGCAUUCUCGCCAACAGACCCAAGGGAGAUCGUCAUCAUCGGCGAUUUCAAGCUGCACGGCGAACUCGCUGAGAAGCACGGUGGCCACCAGCGCUGGGGAUACCGACGUGUGUACUGCGCUGAAGUUGACCUGCAAGCCCAAGAGCACACCGCCAACAAGCCCCCGCCCUCUGAGGACUCUCCCGAUUACCCUCCCGAACUGGACUGGCUGCAGCCGGCAAGCGUCAAGUCCUACACCGAGAUUGGCACGCCACGCAACUCGGCCCAAGUGCAUCCGUACCUCUAUACCACCUCACUCGCCAGGCUCGCCGAAGAAGCAGGCGCCAUCAUCCGCCUCGGCCGCGCUACCGCGAUCAACUACACAGCCGACCAGAAAGCCGUUUCUUCCGUGACCUUUAUCCCCAAGGACUCGACGACGUCGGAAACCACCACCACCACCAUCACCGCGACCGACGCCAUCCUCGCCGCCGGCCCCUGGACGCCAACCCUCCUCCCACGCGCCGCGCUCCUCACGCCCCGCGGGCACAGCAUCGUCAUCAAGCCCACGGGCCCCAUCUCGCCCUACGUCCUCUUCCCCACUAUCACGCCGCCGCCGCCACCAAACGCCUCUCCCGACAACGACUCCUACCCAUCCAUCUCACCGGAAAUCUACCCCCGCCCCGCCGACGCCCUCUUCUCCACCGACACCAUCUACUCUGCCAGCGGCGACGACUACGACGUACCGCUGCCCGCCUCCACCGCCUCCGUCGCCGUCGACGAGCGGCGCUGCGCCGACCUGUGGACCGCGCUGCGCGGCUUCGUGGCCGGCGACCGUAUCGGCCAGGAUGGCAGCGUCGUCGUGCGGCAGCAGGCGUGCUACAAGCCGCAGAUACGCCGGCACGACGACGGCGAGGAGGUGGGCCCCAUGGUGGGCGCGGUGCCCGGCGUGCGCGGGUACUGGUUGGCCACCGGCCACGAUGAGUGGGGCGUGUCGAACGCGGCUGGGACGGGGUUGGUGGUGAGCGAGAUGGUGUUUGAGGAGGGAGGCAAGGCGAAGAGCGCGGAUUGCGAGGCGUUGGAUCCGAGGCAUUUUCUUGUUGAAGGGGUGAAUGAAGACGAAGCGUAA